ACUGGGGACCUCAGGACUGCAAUUUUAAUGGUGUGUCAUCUUGAGGCUGCUAUUAACCCCCCUAAGACAUCUGACGGUGAAGCUUUGUUUACACGACUACGCAAUCCAAGCACAGGGGAAGCAACCCUUUACUUGUUCAAUAGCGGUGCACAGCAGCUGUUUGAAGUGAAAUGUUUUCAAGAGGAGUAUCAUUCCUGGUUUAUAGGUCAGACUGUUGAACAAGAUGGGCGUCUACUGUUUGUGACACCGAUGGAUCCCUUAUUUCUGAUACUUUAUUACCUCAUAAAAGCAUACAAAGAGAAUGGAAAGUUUCAGCCUCUGGAUCAAGUUGUGCUGGACUCUGAGUAUCCUUACUGCUCAUGGUUGCUGAAGUGUGCAGAUGUUGAAAAGUACAUACAUCAUGUAACAGAAGAAAAAGAGAUUGGCAGUCAGAAAUUUCACAGAUACAGUCAAGAGAAAACACUGAAGUGGCUAAAGAAAAAGGUCAAUCAAACAGUGAAAGCACUUAAAAGCAACAAUAUAACUGUGGGUCAAAGGGUACAGUCAGCUGCAUUUAUCAGCGGUAACCCAAACACAGAUUCUGAAGAAGACUAUGUGCGAUAUGCCCAUGGGUUAAUAUCGGAAUAUAUUCCUGAAGAUCUGAGUAAGGAGUUGUCRAAGUACUUAGAGCUCCCAGAACUCACAAGCCCAACACUGGAGCCACAACUGAAGAAAAGGAAAUUAUCAGAUGUCCCCGUGGAAGCAGAAGAAGACUAUACUAAGUUUAACAGCAGCAAUCUGAAAAACAAAAAGGCGAACAGCAAGAUGUCUGCAGCUCAGAAGGCUCUGGCCAAAGUUGAUAAGACUGGAAUGAAAUCCAUUUCUGCUUUUUUUAGCUCAAAAACUAAGGCGUCAAAAUAAACGCUUGUUCCUGAAACAGUUUUAUACAGCGUUGCUUUUUUUUUUUUUAUAUGAAGAUAAAGAUGCCGCUUGGGGCUAUUUUUUUGUAAGUAGGUUUAGGAUAUGGCUGCAUACACAGCGCAGUGCCACGGAGGAACCUGCGCGGGAGCAGAGCGGCUGGGUCUCGCGUUGCUCUGCAGAGCAAGCUCAGGCAAAGGCCACCACGUUUCUGUGCCUCGCCCUCCCUCCGGGGCAGGAGACAUGCCCUUCCCCGUGAGACACUUUAGACAGCAUUUUUUCAUUCGUUCAGAGCUUURUUUUCUGAGACUGUUCUGCCCAUGUGUAACACCAGGGUGGGGUGGUGUCUCCAGGUUUCCGUGUUGGCCCAACUCUAAAUGCUGAUGUGAGCAUUGCUCUUGGUGGCAAUUUAGCUGGGCAGAGAGAAGGUCUAGGUUGAGAUUU